CUGUACUUGUUGUGUGCUGGUAUUUUCUGCUUUGGAGAUGUUCUCAUCCAGCUUCAAUCUUUCAUAGCCGCUGCGAGUUUCUUCGAGAAAGAAGACGAUGAUUUGGAUUUCGGAAUCUUCAGCUUGAAGCUUUGGGCUGUAAUGGCUCUCUUCUAACAGUUUUUACAAGAACAAGUGCUAGUAAUAGGAAGAUGGAGAAUAUCAGAAAAGAGCAGGGAAUAGAUUCCUCUUCAACAGGGGUUUUUCAGAUACUGGGAGAGCCUGCCAUUGUUAUUAAUGGGGUGCCUGACAUUUCCUCAAAUGUUGGUCUUAAUGUCUCUAAUACUGUAAGUGGUGGUGUAGAGUCCAGUGGUGCAGGGUCGACUGCAAGUACAGAUUUUGGUGAGUGGUGGGAAGGGAGGGAAGUGCAGAAGAUGUUUGGAAACAAGUAUUAUUCGGGUCUUGUGACUGAGUAUGAUAAAGAGACCGGAUGGUUCAGGGUGGUGUAUGACGAUGGCGACUUUGAAGAUCUUGAUCAACAUGAGUUGGAAGAGGUGCUUCUGCCCUUGGAUGUUAUGGUUCCACUGAAAGCAUUAGCUCUUAAAACUGUCAGGAAAAGUAAGAAACCUAGUCAAAAGUCUGCUAAAAAUGUGGUUGGUUCUCAGACUCGUCCAGUAAAAUAUAUGGCGCGGAAGGGGAUGAUCGUUUCAUCAACUGAAGAUGCUUCACUUACGAAGGCUGAUAAUUCUUAGCUGCUGGUCAUGGAAAUGUGGCACCAAUCUGAAUGUUCGUGACGUUACAUAUAAAUGAACUUCGACUCUUGUCUAAAAAUUGGUCCUGGAGGGCUGAGAAAACCAUUGUGGACUCAAAAAGGAGAUACUCCAAAAUGGCUAAUUGCACGGUACAAGGUGAACUAAAGACUGACCAUCUUAGGAUUUUUGACUUUUUAGUCAUAGAAAUUUCUGUCUGCUUUGUAACUUGGGCUAAGGAAACAAUCGAUUUACUUUCUGUACAUGAAUUUCAGCUAGCGAGUAAGCUUUGACAAUUAUGGAGUAGUUUAACCACGCUUGUAGAUACGUUCUGGUGAGUUGUUUAAUGCACAUGUGAAAUACCUUAGGCUGAAAAUUCCUGCAGCUUCAAUUUAUUAAUUACCUUGCGGGGAGUCAGUACAGUUUCGGCUUUGCAUCAGAUAUGGCUGCAUUCCACCUAUUCUAAGUUUCUAAUACUCGGAAUGUUAUGCUAUUUUAAAGCAGGUGGGGUCUUUAUAUUAAUGUGCUCUUUUCUUUUCCACAAGUUUGGCAAGAAGAAACUAGAUAAUCUGUUACCUUUUUUGGUUCUUCUGAGAAAUUGGAAUCCUGUUCCGUGAACAAUUUUUAGAAAUAUUUCCAAAAGUAGAAAUGUUAUAUUCUAUUUAUAUGAUAUUCAAAUAUUAGUUUAA